UAAAAAUAUGAACAGAUUACAAUUAUAUUUAAAACAUCGUAUGAGCUUAAAAUAUGUAAAUUAUGAAGAUUGCAGGUAUAUCAAACGAUGGGUAUCUCCAACUCAAAAAGAAAUAACUCGUAGAAAAAGGACAUUACAACCUCAAGUUGAACCAAAACGUAGCAGUUUCAUUGAGUGGAAUAGAAAUGUAGAAAUAUAUGCAUUUAAUCAAAGACUUACAGAAAAAUUUAAUAUUGAAAAAUUGAAUCAAGCAUUUAUACAUAAAUCAUAUAUCUUAGACGAAUUAAAAAAACAGGAAAAUAUGGGAAUAAAAGAUCCUACAUUGGAUAUGCAACAUAAUGAAGAAUUCAUUAAAAAUGGAAAAGAAAUAAUUUCCACAAUUGUAAAAAAAUAUUUAAAACAAAAUUUACCACGUGUUCCUGAAGUUGGCAUUAUGGCAUUUCAUGACUAUCUUUUGUCCCAAGAAAUAUUAGCUAAAGCAUCCCUACACAUUGGAACAAAAGACAUUAUUUUAACUGAUGAACAUCCUGUAUCUCAAGAAACAUUGGCACAAACAUUUAUAGCACUGGUGGGAGCACUUACAGAAAGUGUUAAUAUUGAUCAUGCAGCUACUUUUGUUAGAGAUUUUUUAAUAUCAGGAUUAGCAAACAAAGACCUACUUGAAAUAUGGUGUCCAACUAAACCAUUUGAGAUGUUAAAUGACAUCAUAUCUAUGGAAACAGAAACACCCAUAGAAGCAAGACUUAUUGGACAAGCUGGGAAAAACACACUUUUAUCUACUUAUCAUGUUGGAAUUUAUGCAAACAAAAAAUACUUGGGUUCAGGUUUCGGACAAACUAUUGUAAAGGCAAAAGAUGUAGCUGCCCUUAAUGUAUUAUCUCAAAAAUAUGGCCUAUUGCAUUCAAGUCAACCAUUACAAUUUAAUGAUAAAAUAAAUAUGUCUGUUUAA